AUGGCUAGGAUCGCGUCGCGGCAAAAACGCAAAUCCCGUGGUCGCGGCUUGAGAGCCACUACUGGCUGUGUCAUCUGCAAGCGACGCCACGUGAAAUGUGAUGAGGUAGGCCCUUCUGCUUCCCUUGCACGGCACUUAUUCGACCUCAAUGUGGACCCUGCGCCAAAGGUCAACGUCCCUGUGUCUAUGCCUCCCAUGAUGCCUCGAUCGGUGGAAACCCCCCUAGCUCACAGUCCGAGCCCUGACAUGCGGACACCCGCAGGCCAGAGAGAUAUCGAGUCAAACCAGGUUCACCAAUCGCUGCAGGUCCUUGUUGAUGCCUGUCACCAGGAGGAGCCAUUUCAUCCAGACUUAAACCAAUCCCACUCAACGCCAACUACAACAGCUGAGUCUGAUUCCAUCGCAAACGCUCCGGCCACCCUCCCAACGCCAGGGCAAACCUAUGAAUUUGUGCCCUCGCCAGGAACAGAUACGUCGGUUGCAUCGACCAGGGUUGCCCCACUCAGUUGGUUCGAGUUGCUUGCCACCGAUGCUGCCAAUGCGGAUGAUCGGUUCCUGCUCUCACCUCCACAGCAAUUCCCCCGGUCGCGCGCCGACCAGCCGGUCGAAGACCCCCAGAAUAGUUCCAAUUUGAGACCGCGGACCUUGCGAGAGCGUGAAAGCUUCUAUGCCGCGGCUUUUGCUCGAAAUCCGGAAAUAGAGCAACGCUAUGCCUCUCAAACUCCCGAAGGGGCCUCCGCAGUAUCAGACGACCCCUUGUCAUGGAGUACGCAAGCCCCAAUACAGUUAUCGGAGUUAGAAAACGUCCUUUUUACGCACUUCGUGCGUAUCUCCAGCCAAUGGUUGGACCUUUAUGAUCCUAUCAAGCACUUCUCGACUAUUGUUCCUCACCUAGCCUUGAGAAAUGUCGGGCUGAUGCGCGCACUCCUGGCCCUUUCAGCACGCCACCUCUCCUUACACUCAGAAGAGCAUCAGAGCGGGAAUAGGUCUCUCAAUGUGGAAGUUUCCGUUUCGGAGGAGACUGCUAAACCAGACCGAAUCGAUAGGAAUCUGGCUGUGCAAUACUACUAUGAAACUCUUCAUUACCUGAAUCGGGCCAUGCAACACCCUUCCUAUGCUCGCAGCCUCGAAGUCAUUGCUACUUCCCUACUUAUCAGCACCUACGAAAUGAUUGACGGGUCCAAUCAGGACUGGGAACGACACCUCAAAGGCGUCUUCUGGAUCCAACGCUUUCAGGACAACGAUGGGGAGUCCGGCGGCCUCAGGCAGGCGGUUUGGUGGGCCUGGAUACGGCAAGAUGUCUGGGUCGCGAUGAGAGAGCGACGUCGAGUUUUCAGCUUUUGGCAACCAAAGAAGCCCCUGGCCAUUUUGACUGCCUCGGAGUUAGCAACACGUGCAACGUAUCUCUUAGCACAAUGUGUCAACUAUACUUCAAGAGAGGAGCAAGAAACAUCGGACCUCUCCCGACGUCUUGAACGUGGAAGUGAGUUGCUGUUCCUGCUGCAAGAUUGGUUUGAUCACCUGCCACCGGAAUACAACUCCCUGCCUCUAUCCUCCGACAUUCACACAUUCCCACCAGUUUGGGUAAAUCCAUCUGCGUACGCUGCAGCGUUGCAAGUGCAUAGUCUUUCCCGUAUUCUUGUAGUUCUUCACCGGCCAUCCACCGGGGGAAUGGAAGAUUACCGGGCGGCCCAAAAGCUCUUGAGUCUGUCUGUGAAUACCAUAUGUGGCAUUGCACGGACAAUUGAUGAACAGGAUCAUGCAGCUAGCCUAGUUUCUAUACACUGCUUGUUUGGAGCUGGAAUGUGUGUUCAUACCCCUCAUGAACGCCUAGCCUUAUUAGAACUUCUGGAAUCUUGUCAGCGGCGGGUUCGCUGGCCUUUGAUUUCACUCCGGAAGGAGCUUGAGCUCGAAUAUGCCAAGGAUGCCCUCCCAAAUUUCUUGACUUGA